AUGGCAAAACACAUCGUUGCCGCUCUUCAAGUCGGCUCUUGUCCGGGCUCUACUCAGAACACCUUAAGAAAAAUUUUAUCAUAUGAGAAGGAGAUCAGAGAAUCUGGUGCUAAGUUGGUUGUCAUCCCAGAAGCCACUCUUGGUGGUUAUCCAAAGGGGUCGAACUUCGGAGUUUAUCUAGGCUACCGUCUCCAAGAAGGAAGAGAAGAGUAUGCAAGGUAUCUUGCCGAAGCGAUUGAGAUCGGGGCCGGAGAGAAAUAUCCAGAGAUUAGUCAGUUAUGCGCACUUUCGAAGGCCACCGACGCAUCCUUAUGCGUUGGGUGUAUUGAGCGCGAUGGGACGACACUGUAUUGUACCAUGGUCUAUAUAGAUCCUCGGGGUGGUUACGUUGGGAAGCAUCGAAAAUUGAUGCCAACAGCUGGCGAAAGAUUGAUCUGGGGCCAAGGUGAUGGUUCGACUUUGCCUGUUGUGGACACCGCUGCCGGUAAGAUUGGUGGCGCUAUCUGCUGGGAGAAUAUGAUGCCCCUACUACGAUACGCUAUGUAUAAAAAAGGUGUUGAAAUAUGGUGUGCACCGACGGUGGAUGCUAGGCCUAUUUGGAGAACCGUGAUGAAGAAUAUUGCGUACGAAGGUCGUCUAUUCUUGAUUAGUGCAGUGCAGUUCAUGCCGGAUGCGACAACGAUGGGCUUUGGGGAAAUCGUCGACCAAGCCACGGGUAAGAGAAAAUUACCUGGAUGGCCAUCAGCUGACGAUAAUUGUAUUAAUGGAGGUAGUGUUAUUAUCGAUCCUUACGGGGAGAUUAUUGCAGGGCCAUUGUUGGGUAAGGAAGGCCUUUUAACCGCCGAAAUUAACACGGACUUGAUUGCUGAAGCUCGUUUUGAUCUGGAUCCUGUUGGCCAUUAUGCUAGGGGAGAUGUCUUCCAGUUGACUGUCAAUGAAAGGUCACACGAUGUCAAGUUUACAAAAUAA